GCCGGUCAGAAUUAUUCAAGAUAAAUGCUUAACUAAAUUCGUGUAACAGAAAAUUUGUAAAAUUCAACUCUCACUCCUUCAGUAAUAUGAAUAUAGAUUUCACGAAUAAUAAAGAUAAGUUUGAGAAUGCCUUUACUUUCGAGUCUUCAAGUCCUCCCAAACAGCCUCCUCCUCCUUCUCCAACAGCCGUACAUAAAUCUAAAUAUAAGCGUAAUAGUCUUCCUAGGAAUACUGAAGAAGCAAGACAACGACGUAUUGAGCUCGAUGCGCAAGUUCGAAAAAGACAACGCGAACAAUUAAUCAGUGCUAAACGUUUCAAACAUCACGAAAAUUAUAGAGAUGAUGAUGAUGCUGAACCAGAAUUUACAUUAUCUCAGCAAGACAUUGAAAAGUUGAAAUCUGGUCUGAGUAAUGUUAACCGUGAUACAAGACUUUCAAGUCUUCAAGACUUAAGUAAAUUUCUUGUGGAUCCUCCGGAUACUUUAAAACAGUUUGUAAUUGAAGGAAAUUGUAUUGAGAUAUUAAUUAAAUUCUUAUCCGGUAUUGAUCCGGAAGAACAACUUCAGGCUACUUGGUGUAUAACAAAUAUUGCUGCUGGACCUAAGGAGUUUGUUAAUAAGGCUUUGACAGCAGUCCCGUAUUUGAUCUCUUUCCUUGAAAGGGAUAAUAUUUCCUUGCAAGAUCAGGCUGCUUGGGCUAUCGGUAAUAUUGCAAUAGAAAGUCCUGAAUAUAGGGAUUUACUUCGUAAGAAUGGUGUUUUGAUUCCCUUGAUCAAUUUGCUUGAUUAUAAGGAUGUAAAUCUUGUCCAAACAGCCUGUUUCGCUCUCUCAAAUCUUGCUCGUACCCCAAAUGCUGGUUUGGACGAGUUUUUUGCUGGAGGUAUCGAUAAACACCUUUUGCGUCACUUAAAAACUGAUGAGAGCUUUGAAGUUGUCUCUGAGGUUGCUUGGGUAUUAACUUAUAUAACUAGCGAUAAAGACAAUAAAUAUACCACUCAAUUGUUGGAGGAAGGGCUUGCUUCACUUUUGGUUAAACACAUGAGACCGUUGCUGGGCCAUGGGCCUUUAGCAUUACCUUUAAUUAGGACAUUGGGUAAUAUUGCUAGUGGUCCUGAUGAGAAUACAGAUAUCUUGAUUCAACAGUCUGAUUUCUUACCAACGAUGAUUGAAUUUAUUCAAAGUGAUUGCAGGCCAGUCAAGAAGGAAAGUUUGUGGGUUAUGUCCAAUAUAACGGCAGCUCGUCGCCCAGACGUUUUAGAUAAAGUGUUUAACACUGGAUUUAUUCCAAUUCUUUCAAUUAUUGCUACUCAUAGCAACUUUGAUAUUCGAAAGGAAGCUGCCUACGGCUUAAUAAAUAUUGCUUCACAUGGAGCAGAGUUUAUGAGGUCGUUACCCCAUCAAGAACUUUUGCCAGGUUUCUUAGAAUAUAUUCGAUCCCAAGAUUUUGAUUUGAUUCGCUUAGGGUUAGGUUAUAUUGAAAUGCUGUUGACACAAGUUCAAAACGGUAAGCAAUUAAUGGAAAGUAUGCAGGGUAUUGAUGCAUUAGAAUCUGUUACAUUGAUAGAAGAUCAAUUAUUACGUAACUCAGCUAGUCGUUUAAUGGAUCAAUAUUUUGAAGAAAUUUCGAAUGAAAUGCAACAAAUUGAAGAAAUUAUUUAAAUAACUAAGAAUUAAUUUGCUCAAAUCUUUUAUUUGUUAUGCAAAAAUUUAGUAAAAUAAUAAUUUAUAGCAAUAAAAAAUUUUUAUAAUAAAAUAUAAGGUGUUCUUUUUCUUUUCUUUUUAAAA